AUGCCGAAUUUGGAUUUCAAGUCGGGCAUGAUCCAACUCUUACCGACCUUUCAUGGAUUAGAGAGCGAAAAUCCAUACGUACAUAUUAGGGAGUUUGAAGAAGUGGUGGCCACUUUUCACAACCGAGCUGAAGACGUGGACUCUGUGCGAUUGAAAUUCUUCCCUUUCUCUUUGAAGGACAAGGCUAAAAGCUGGUUGUAUUCUCUGCGACCUAGGUUUAUUAGAACUUGGGAAGAAAUGAAGACAACAUUUUUCAACAAGUAUUUCCCUCACCAUAAGACUAAUGGACUCACAAUCCGAGAGCGCCAAUUUGUGGAGAUGAUGUGCAAUGGUGAAUUUCUCCAAAAUGACCCCGAGGAGGCUUUUGAGUAUCUUAAUGAGUUAGCCAAGAAAGCCCACACAUGGACUGGUCUAAGUGCUACUGACAGCACCAAUCGGUCUCGACCAGUUGGAAUCUAUCAACUAAGGGAAGAGGACAAUCUCAAAGCCCAAAUUGAGUCUUUGACACGACAAAUUGAGACCCUCAAAACCAAAGAAGGUAGAGGAAUUCACAUGGUUGCUAGGGCAGAGAUACAAGAGCCUUGCUUUGUUUAUGGAGGGGUGGAAUAUCUAAUGAAGGAUUGCCCUGCUUACAAUGAAAUGAGAAGGGUUUACGAGGAGCAAUACAAUGCCUUAGGAUCGUACAACAAACCCUUCUCUAACACAUACAAUCCUAGCUGGAGGAACCAUCCAAACUUCAGUUGGAGAGAUUCCACCCAAAGUAAGACGAAUCAGAAGUUUGAGUCACUGUUCACGCAAAUGGUGGAAGAAAGUAAAGAAAUGAAGAGUCAAAUCAUGAAGUUGACUGGAGCUUUGGCUGUUCAAGAACACAGCAAGUUCCCUUCACAAGCUCAGUCAAACCCAAAGGGCCAACCUUGA